AUGGUCGCCAAGCCUCAGUCUGUGCCCGAAAGGGUGACCACGGUGACGAAGCCCCCUCUGCCUCCGGCUCCGAAGCCCUCGACAACAUCCUCUGAAAAGAUUCCUCGCCCCGGACCCGCGGCUCUCCUUGUCGUGGAUGCGCCUGGUUCAAUUGCGACUGUUGUCGCUCAGACUCCUGCAACUGCUGCUGCUAUGCCGUCCGCCCCGGCUGUGCCGGCUGAUCCCCAGGCGUCCCCUGCUGCACCGCCGGAGUCUGUCGCCGACCCCUCGGCUCCCGUGUCUGCGGGCCUUGUUGCCGCGCCUGAGUCGCCGACUCCUGCCUCUACCUCGUCCCCGCAGGCGGCGUCCGCCACCACUGGCGGCCCGGCCUCAUUGGUUGCGCCGCCGGUUGGGGAUCCGGCUGCCCCUGUUGUGCCACCGACUGCUCCAGUGGCGCAGCCAUCUCGCCCGCCGUCGCCUGGCCGCCGCCCAUCUCGCCCCCAUUCUCCCGCUCCCCACCCAGAUCGUGAGUCCUCACGGCGCCGGCGCAAUUCUCCCCGUCGCCACCAUCAGCAGGCCCAGUGGCACGCGAACCACGGCGGUCGCAGUGGCUGGUGGGGUCCCCGCGGUCGCGGAGGUGGUGGGGCGUACGAUCCGCCCCUGAGGAUGGCGGAUCUGCAGCGGGCGGUGUCGACUGCGGUGCGUGAGGAGAGGGCCGCCCUGACCCAAGGCAGCUCUCACGCUAUCGUGGCCCAUGCUGCUCCUCGACAGGCUGUGCUUCCUGAGGAUCCGCCGCCUGUUGCACCAGUCCCUCAUCAGAUUCCAGCCCCGUCGGCUCCCGCUGCGUCUGCCUCCGCUCCUGUUCCUGGGUCUCGGCUUCGUCUGCCGCCCAUUCCGCCAGUGGCAGGAGUCGAAUUUGUGGCCGCGGGAGGAGGAGCGCAGUAUCCUCAUCCCGGAGUUGGCGGUUCAGCAACCCUUGCCCUCGAGGAGCCGUUUCAGUUUCUAGCGCAGGCAUUACAGCCUCCACAGUCCCGUGUUCCAGAGGCGACUCUCGCCCAGCUCUUCCGCCUCGCGGAGAGCUUUCACGCUCUGCUCCUGAUACAGGUUCUCGCGCACUCGUCACUUCCUGCAGUUCCCCCUGAGACGUUCCAGGAUCGCCACCGUGAGUCGUGCCUGGACGCAGCCGACCAGCUCGCAGUGCUGCUAGCGCCAGUGCUGGCUGCGCCCGCAGAGGGUGGAGUUGCGGCUGCUGGGCAGCUCGAUGAGGCUAUGCGGGCUCCGUUUGCCCCAUCCCCGCUCUAG